UUUAUGUUUCUUUUUACAUUCGCAUCCAAAGCAUGUUCGCUAUAGGUGUUGUGGGCGUAUUUUGAACACAUAUGUGAACGUGUGUGUGCUCAAGAUAAGCGGCCAGUGCAAACAGUAAUUAAGAUAUACCCGUGUAUAGAAUAUAACAAUCCGUGCCAGUACAUCGUCGCCGCUAGUUAUUAUUCUAAUAAGACUCUUAGCCAACACGGAACGAAUUGCGUGUGCCUACAGUAAAUGUGAUAGAUCUUGAGUAGCAUGGGAUAUGCUAUGCUUACGCCUACAGACAAGUGUUUAAUGUUAACACCUGCGAAUUCAUUCGGCAUACAAGAAACGUGAUCACACUUUACACACACACUCUGGCACACACUGACGUGCGAAUGUAAUCCAAUCAGAAGUGCAUGAAACGAAAUUGCGCUUGAAUUCUCGCUGAUGAAUUAUGCGUGCCGCAGCUGUUUUCCUUAAAUAUACCGAGCAAUUUAAUUAAAGUGCGCGACAGUGUGAAUCGAAGUGAUUGCCAGCGAUUCGGCAAACCAUCAUCAUCGAUCAGCCCAAUUGGAAUUGAUGAAUUGCUAAUAGCCGGCCGAAUUUAAUUUAAGAAUAUAACAGAAAGAUGAAGGCCUCAAUUGAUAAGGAUUUGCUGCCUAUGAAGGCACACUACUUUCUCUUCAAUGCCGGCACCGCACCCGUUGUACCCUUUAUGCCGCCACUGGCGAAACAGCUGGGCUAUUCCGAUGUCGUCGUUGGCACCAUGUACAUGAUAUUGCCUAUUGUGGGUUUACUGGCAAAGCCGCUCUUUGGCUACAUAGCGGAUCGCUACCAUCGACAUCGAUUUCUCUUUCUGGCUGGACAACUGAUCACCGCUGUGGCCUUCUUUAUGGUGAUGUUUGUGCCGGCUGUGGAGAAGCCUCAGUUCCAUUGCCACGCCGGGGUGUCCAACAUACGCUACUGCUCCAACUAUCCAAAGGAUGCGGAGACGCAACUGGAGGCGUUCUAUGGGAACCGCACGCUCACCUGCAACAUGGCGUGCCAAAUGGAGCCAGACAUGUGGGACAUCGUCUGCCAGCACUGGCUCAAUGCGAAUCCGCUCAGCGACUGUCAGGCGAAUCGAACGAAGAACACGCUCAAUUUUUCCACCUACAUCGAUAUGAAAGGUUUGAUCGAGGAGGCGAAUGGCAAUAUGAGAUGCCUGAAUUUCCUCAUUCCGCACGACCUGGGCACAAUCGACUCCCGCAAUGUGACGCUCUACUGCCCCAAGGACAAGCCGAUGUUCCAGUCCAGUUGCCAGAUGGAGUGCAACGAUACGUUCAUCAACGAACUCCUGCCCGACAGCUCGGUGAUCAAUAUGGGCAACGCUGUUGCUCUGCCCGAGUUCUGGUUCUUCUUUGGCAUGCUGAUCAUCAGCUGGAUAGGCAUGGCCGUCGUGGUGAGCAUCGGCGAUGCCAUCUGCUUUGGCAUUCUGGGCGACCGACAUCAUCUCUAUGGCAGGCAGCGGCUGUGCGGCUCCCUGGGCUGGGGCAUCUUCGCCCUGCUCGCUGGCCUGCUGGUGGACACGAUGUCCAAGGAGGACAGCAUUGACAAGAACUAUACGAUUGUCUUCUGGAUGACGCUGAUUAUACUAGGCUUCGAUAUGCUCGCCUCCACCAAGCUGAAGCACACCCAGACGCACAUGUCGGCCAACAUCCUAAGGGACGUGGGUCAAAUGUUCCUUUCAAUACGUUGCGUCGUCUUCUUCCUCUGGUGCGUGGCCAUUGGCCUGGGCACAGCGCUGAUAUGGAACUUUCUAUUCAUCUAUCUGGAGGAGCUGGCGCAGCCGUUCGACCAUGGCGCCAACUUCAUCAAGACGCUGGAGGGCCUCGUCAUGAGCAUUCAGUGCUUUGGCGGCGAGCUGCCCUUCUUCUUCAUGUCCGGAUGGAUACUGAAGCGCAUCGGGCAUGUGAAUGCCAUGAGCCUGGUGCUGUUCGGGUUCGGUGUGCGCUUCAUAUUGUACUCGAUGCUGCAGAAUCCCUGGUACAUACUGCCCAUUGAGCUGCUCAAUGGCGUCACCUUUGGGCUCUUCUAUGCGACAAUGGCUUCCUACGCCAGCAUCGUCGCUCCGCCAGGCACGGAGGCUACCAUGCAGAGUCUUGUGGGUGCGAUCUUCGAGGGCAUUGGCGUCUCCAUGGGCAGCCAGAUUGGUGGUCAGCUCUUUGAUGGAGUUGGCGCUCGUACCACCUUCGAGAUCUUUGGCAUUGCCGCCUUCAUAGUGUUCGUCAUCCAUGUCUGUGUCCAAUUCUACCUGCAGCGCAAUGGCCCAGCUGAAAAUGGCACUGUCAAAUAUUUCGCACCGACAGAUGCAAUGCACAUGCUGAAUGAACAGGAGUAUACAGGUCUUAGCUAAACAGCUCCUCCUCAUCCUUCUCUGUGAUCUGGCGAUUUACCGAAUUCGUAUGCUUGCCAGCGUGAAACGACACACAAUCAGCCAAGAAAACAAAAUCAAAAUAACAAAA